GGGGCUUGGCGGCGGCGCCAAGAUGGCGGAGGCGGUGGUGGAGCUCCUGGAGCGUGCGGCGCGGCGGGAGGCGCCGCUGGAAGAGCUGCGCGCCCUGCGGCUCGCUGUGCAGGCCGUGCCGCCCGCCGCCCUGCGCGCCCGCCUCAGCGACGAGCACCUGGCAGCGCUCUUCACCCUCCUCAGCUCCAGUGAGCGGGAGCAGCUGUCUGCCUGCGUUGCCGUCCUGGAGAGGCUCCUUCAGGCCCUGGACCCGCUCUACGUGAUCCAGAACCUCCGGGAGGAGCUGCGGAAGGGGCUUUUCCACCCGGACGACUCCGUGAAGAUCCUCUCCAUAUCCCAGGUUGGGAGGAUUGUUGAAAAUUCAGAUGCUGUUAGAGAAAUUCUCAACAGUCCUGAACUACUACGGCAGAUCAUAAAUUGCAUUGGUGGUGAGAAAAUAGCAGUGGCUAAAGAGGCCAUCAAAUCUCUCUCAAGAAUAGCCCAAACACAAGAUGGCUUAGAGGCUUUGUUUGUGAGCAGCUUGUUAAGUGACUUGAAAAAUGUCAUGGGAACAAAUGAUGUUGUUCGGUACAGAGUGUAUGAGCUAAUUGUUGAGAUUUCUUCAGUGUCAGCAGAUUCACUUAAUUACUGUGCAAACAGUGGGUUAAUAUCAGACUUAAUUGGAGAGUUGACUGGAGAUGAUGUUCUGGUCAGAGCUACGUGCAUAGAGAUGGUGACUUCACUGGCACAUAGUCCCCAUGGACGUCAGUAUCUUGCUCAGCAAGGAAUUAUUGAUAAGAUUUCUAACAUCAUCAUUGGUGCAGAGUCUGAUCCUUUCUCAGGCUUCUACUUACCAGGAUUUAUUAAAUUCUUUGGAAACCUGGCUGUUGUAGACAGCCCACAGCAGAUCUGUGAGCGAUAUCCUGUCUUUAUGGAGAAAGUCUUUGAAAUGGCAGAAAGUCACGAUCCAACCAUGAAUGGAGUAGCUGUGGACACGCUAGGAAUCCUGGGAUCAAGUGUGGAAGGCAAACAGGUUUUACAGAAAGCAAGAGGCAGAUUUCAGAAUCUGUUAAACAAAAUAGGGCACCAGGCAAAGAAUGCGCCCACGGAGCUGCGGCUUCGAUGCUUGGAUGCUGUUUCAUCUCUUCUCUACUUGCCUCCAGAGCAGCAGACAGAAGACCUUUUAAGAAUGACUGAGUCAUGGUUCUCAUCCUUGUCCAGCCAACCACUGGAACUCUUCAGGAGCAUCAGUACUCAGCCGUUCCCUGAUCUGCACUGUGGAGCUUUAAGGGUGUUCACUGCUAUUGCAAAUCAAGCUUGGGCUCAGAAGUUGAUGCUCAACAGUCCAGGGUUUGUGGAAUACAUUGUAGACAGAUCUGUGGAACCUGACAAAGCUUCGAAGGAUGCCAAGUAUGAACUGGUGAAGGCCCUUGUAAAUUCUAAAACAAUUGCAGAAAUCUUUGGAAAUCAGUAUUACUUGAGGCUUAGGGCUUAUUUGAAUGAAGGCCCUUAUUAUGUUAAAGCAGUUUCUACUACAGCUGUGGAAGGAGCAGAAUAACGUCACUGAUGUCUCAGUUCCCCUUCUUACAAACCACAUUACUGAGAUAGGUGAUAAGAUGUAAGGUGUAAGAGAUUCCCCACACAGGAGCUGUGUGAGUGUCUCUUUAAAGGAACAUGAAGCACUUUGUGUUUAAAAUGAGGGUCAUGAGAGCAAAUCCAUACUUACAUAGGGCACAAUGUAAUUUUUCAUGGAAUCUCAUGGCAGAAUUUUCCCAUGUGCUGUCCUGGGACAAGUAAGUACAGUAAGCAUUCUGUUAGCUGCUGACUGUGUCUUAUUUUGCAGAAGCUGCCAAUGUUUACUUAAACUGUUCUGAGUUUAGAGUUUCUAUCAUGUUUUCUCAGUAGAUCACAGUACAAUUUAAAAAAAAAAAAAAGCCAAAAAAUGUUAAGGUUUUGUAACCUCAGAUGCUGCCAUAGUUUCUCUUUUUAAAAAAAAUAUUUUUUUUAUAUCUGCCAAGGUUGGCACUUGCAUAGAAAAUAUUCUUUUAGCCAGCCAUAGUUCUGUCCGAAGCUCAGUGAGAAUAAACUGGUAACAUUCUGUCCACACGAGGGAGUACAAACUGGAUUCUCUUCUCUGAUCAAGUUGCUGAAUGUAAGUCAUGUUUGAAUAAGUCCUAAGUAUUGUUUACAUUUUAUACUGAGGAUCACAGAAACAAACACUUAAUUCUUAAACAAAGAAACAGAAGUAAGCUGAUGUAUAAAACCAAACUGGGAGCUUUGUCUCGUUAGCUGUGGCUUUGGCAGCUUGGUUUGCUUGCUGAAAAGGAGCACCAGCUACACGUCUGCUUCAGAACCAAAUCUUAAACUGUUUAUGCUAUUUUUUAUUGAAGAUUAAUGUUUUAAUGUAAGUGUUAUUUAAAAAAAAGCACCAAUUUUAUUUGCCCGAGUUGGAAUAAACGGGGUAAGAACGUGAAGUGUUUAUGUUUAAAUGCAUGAACUGAAUUAGAAUAUAAAUGUAGUGCCUCAUGAGACUUCAUCUUCCUCUGAAGAUGCUGGGUGAGAUGAGGUACAAGACUAGCCGGACCACCGGUCCCUUCUGUCACCCCUGAUGUGUUGGUCCAUAAACAAAGAUCACAAUGUGCUUUAUGCUGAAGGUCUAUCUUAGAUUUGUUGGGGACGUAAAUCUGAAGACAAGGUGGAGGGUGCAUAGUAACAUAUGAAAUGACUGCUCUGGGGCUUAUUUUAGUGUGUUAAGUCAGCUGUGCAUCUAUGGAAAGUACUUGCCUGGUGUCCUCACUCUGCCAAGCGAAGUGGGAUGAUCUAUCUAGUUGUGCAGUAACUCUUCUAUUGCUUAUAGUACAUUUGGGCUGCAGCAGAGAUGUUAGCAUUGCCUGCCAAAACGUUGCUGGCAGGAGAACAUUGCUGGAAGGGAACUAAAUGGGCUCAGAGAAGCAGGAUAGUUGGGGAGAAUCUUUUAAUGUCUAAUAAACUGAGUACAGGUGAUCUGCUUUGUUACUUCUGAUCAGAUAUGUACAAAAAAUUGUCAUCCAACGUUAUGUUACUUCUCACACCUUCAUCCUAGCGUGCGUAAUAAACAUCUGCUGGUGGGAAA